AUGUCGCUACCUGCGACGCGAGGGGAUUGGCUCCGAUGUGCCGAUUUAGGCUUCUUCGACCCCACGACCAGCUACAUGAGAUCCUGGACAACUCUCCAAAACAGCCUGCAGCAGCAUUUGCGCAUGUUCGUCGACGAUGCUUGGCCCCUGCCGGUGCGGCAGGCGCGGCAGUCGCUUCUCCGAGGGCCUCUCUCAGCUGGUUGGGCUCUGACGGAGCACUCCGGCAUCGCGAGGACUGCGUUCUACUCUGGGGAUGUGAAAGUUCCCUGCAGCAGCCUGCAGUGUGCUCAGUGCCCCCUUGGAGAGAUCACCAUCCGCUCGGCGGUCCUCCUGACCGCCCCCGAGGAUGCUCUAAAGACGAUUUCGAAGACGCCUGACAGUCAUGUCAUGACCAGAAACCUAGUCACCUUCAGCCUCUGGGACAUGCUGAUGAAACUCGACACCUUGUUCUUCCUGCAGGACGAGAUCACCUGGGGUGACAUCAUUCGUUCCGGGUGGCCCUUGUUCGCCGUUCUGGCGGCUUGGUCAACGAGAAUCAGUGGCAACAAGCUGUAUCUACCCACGAACAUCACCGGACAGGAGGAGACCUGGGUACGACAACUCAGGGACGACUUGGCGCGGGUACUGCGUCCACAGUCUUUUCCAGAUGAGAUCCUGUCAUACCUUGGCCCGAACGACGAGCGUUUUCAGCGCUGGGUUGCGAUGACGAAGAAGCCCCCUCGUCGCGCUUGCGACCCGGCCCAGCUGCUGGCUACCAUUCUCAUCGCCGAUGGUGCUUCUGCCAUGGUGUUGCCUCUGCCAGCCGAUGAAUACCUCGCAACCGUGCAGCGAGAGGUCAAGAACUGUCGAGCGCCCAUGAACAGCUUCGCCCAGCUCUUCUCGUGGCCAUGGCCUGUCUUCGAGGCGUUAGACUGGUUGCAGACGCCGGCAGAGGUGCGAGUUCGCAUCUUGCCCUCGCCGCUUCACCGACGCUUCUUCUUCUUUCAGGGCCUUCCAGAAGCAGCAGGCAAACUUUGUGUGCCUCGAUAUCGUCGGCCCGGUACUUUUGGUUUCGUCGGCGACAACGUCCGAGCCAGGCAACAGCCGCACUGCAGCUACGUGUUCCAGAACGCUUUCGACACGGCUUUGGAGAUGCUUCCAAAGUCUUUUCGGAUUCAUGUUGUCGAUAUUGGUCCCAUGCUCGGAGACUGCUGCUUGUGGUCCCUCCGACGCCAGGAUGUUGCUGGAGCAUCACGGGGGCAGUGCUGGGCCUACGAGGCCAACGAAGUGUGGGUACGCCUGGCUGCUGCCAGUGCUCAGCUCAACGACCUCAAGCAGGCUAUGCAAGUGCAGCACGGGCGCAUUGCAGAGACGGGGCAGAUGAGCUUGGAUUCUCUGCUGCGGCAGAAGCUUUCAGGAUUUACAUCGAAGGACUUCGUUGCGCUGAAGGUACAUACGGAUGGCCGUGAGUUGGGCAUCCUUAAAGGAGAUGCAGACUCGUGCUUCAGGGUCUCAGGGCGGUUGAAGUGGUCUUGCAGUUUCGAGGAUACAACCGUCAUAACUAUGAGCAGCCCCGGCAGCAGAACAGCGAAGGAUCAUCCUCUUGAGGUUGCCAUGUGUGUUCGGCGAUAA